AUGGCCCCAAAAACUAUUUUCAUCACCGGAGCGAACCGCGGAAUCGGACUCGGACUCGUCAAAGAGCUUCUUAAAGUUUCCGGAGUUGAAACGAUUGUAGCAGGAGCCAGAAACAUUGAUGGAGCAAAGGAACUUCAAUCAGUAGCGAAAUCUGAUUCCCGCGUUCAUCUCCUUGCUGUCGACGUUGCGAAUGAUGAGAGCAUCGCAAACUCGGUGAACUCCGUUGCUGGACUCGUCGGAGAACGCGGAUUGAAUUUGUUGAUCAACAACGCAGGCGUCAUUGAGCCAUAUGGCACUAGCUCUACACCGAAUCGAGCUACCGUUCUCAAAUGUAUCGAUGUGAAUGCUGUCAGUGCACUUCUGGUUUCUCAACACUUCCUUCCACUUCUUCAAAAAGCUGCUGCGAAAGAAGAUGGAGAUACUUUGUCGGCUGAUCGUGCAGCAAUCGUGAACAUUGGAUCGGAUUGCGCCUCACAAGCACUGAAUCUCCGCGGAUCAGGACCCGGAAAUUCUCUUCUCGCCUACAAAAUGAGCAAAGUGGCGAUGGUCAGCUUCUCUCGAUCAAUGGCGGCAGACUUCAAGAAUCUCAACAUUCCGGUUCUCAUCACCAAUAUUCAUCCAGGAUGGGUUCAGACAGACAUGGGAGGAUCCAACGCAGAAAUUUCGGUGGACGAAUCGGUCACAAAGAUCGUUGCGAGCAUCGGCAAGCUAAAUGCUUCUCACCACGCAGGACUGUUCAACCGGGAGCUCGAAACCAUGCCCUUCUAA